CUGUUUUAUAAUCUUAUUUGGCCAAUUAAUAUGCAUGUAGAUUUUUUGUAAAUAAGGAUUUUUGACGGCAGUUUUAUCUGGGCAUCGGAACGAAGUACAUUGCUUGAUUAGAAUUUAAAUAUUUUCAAUCCAAGUAAAUAAACAAGAUGGCACGGAUCUGGGUUGUUGUAUCUUUAGUGCUUGUGGCGUAUCUUCAAGUGACGUAUGGUAAAUGUGCUCAACACUCGGAAUGUCCAGAAAAAAUGGCGUGCGAGAGCUCUCAGUGCGUGGAUCCGUGUCUCGCACAUCGGAAAUGUGGAACCACAGCGAGUUGCCAUGUCUAUGAGCAUUUGGCCAGUUGCCAUUGUAACCCAGGAACUUUAGGGAAUCCCUACGAGAGUUGCAGCUCCUCGACAUAUGAUGUACUUACUCAAGGGCUAGCAGAGCCCACUGUUCACUCUCCGAAGGCCCCACGUCAGUAUUCUUUAUACUAACUGAAAGCACCGUGUCCAUACUAGAUGCCGUCGUGGAGGAGCCACCGGUGCCUCCAACGUACAAGGCCUAGAUUCUAUUGAGAAAAGAACACGCUGGAAGAAAUGGCAACAAAUGUGUGAAGCUAUUUCAAGACCAAUUCUACGUAUUAGAUAAGUGCGAGGAAUGUCAGCGCGUUAGUAGUCUUACCAUAUGUUUGUGGGCAUUAUUACUACACACAGUCACAUGCCAAUGCUUAAAAAUGUUUAUUACCUAUACCUAUUGUGUAAAUUGUAUUUUAUAUGGUGUGUAUAAAGGUUUUUUAUAUUA